UGUUGGUGGUGGCGCUGCUGCUGCUGCUGCUGCUGCUCUGAGUGGGGUGGCGCUGCCCAGAGAGAAGGGGCCGCCCAUGGUGUUCAUAAACACCAGGCACCGUGGAGGAUCCACACUCUAUUCUCGGUGGAAUGCCAGAACUAUUUCGAUUGGCAGACGGUUGGGCUUAUGCACAGCUUCAAGAAGUCCCGCCAGCCCGGCCUUACCAGGCUUCUCAGCUGCACCCAAGAGGAGCGGAAGACCUACCGAGGAAUGGACUUGGCUCCCACUUUCGAUGCCUUCAUGAGCAGGCACCCCAAGACUGGUGACUGGUAUCCUGCAAUUAACAAACCAGCUGGUAUUGUCCAUUGGCUUAAGCACAGUAAAGAUGCACAAAAUGUUGAUUGGGUUGUGAUCUUAGAUGCAGACAUGAUAAUACGAGGUCCAAUAAUUCCCUGGGAGCUUGGUGCCGAGAAGGGAAGGCCAGUAGCUGCAUAUUAUGGGUAUUUGGUUGGUUGUGACAAUAUUCUUGCUAAAUUGCAUACGAAGCAUCCUGAACUCUGUGACAAGGUUGGCGGGCUUUUAGUUAUGCACAUAGACGAUCUUCGAGCUUUGGCACCCAUGUGGCUUUCAAAAAGUGAAGAAGUACGAGAAGAUAGAGCUCAUUGGGCAACCAAUUAUACAGGAGAUAUAUAUGGUCAAGGGUGGAUAAGUGAGAUGUAUGGAUAUUCCUUUGGUGCUGCAGAGGUAGGACUUCGACACAAGAUAAACAAUAACCUGAUGAUCUAUCCAGGCUAUAUUCCACUAGAUGGUGUUGAGCCAAUCCUCAUGCACUAUGGCUUGCCAUUUCGUGUUGGGAACUGGUCAUUCAGUAAAUUGGAUCACCACGAGGACAACAUUGUUUAUGAUUGUGGUCGGCUUUUUCCUGAACCUCCAUAUCCAAGAGAGGUAAAUCAACUUGAAACUGCUCCAGAUAAGAGGAGAGCACUAUUCCUGAACAUAGAAUGCAUCAAUACCUUGAAUGAAGUCUUUGUACAGCAUGCAACCUAUGGCGUCCCAAACCAAAAUGUCAAAAUAUUGAGUUUCUUAAGGAGCAAGCAUUUGCAGAACUUACCGGGCCGAAAACUUUUGACUCCCAAAACUCUUCAAAUGAUGGAUGAGGACCGUGCUCAAGUUGUUGAUGAGCCACACGUUCAAGUUGUUGAUGAACCCAUAAAGCCACACCCCAAAAUUCACACCAUUUUCUCCACAGAAUGUAAUUCUUACUUUGAUUGGCAAACUGUAGGCCUUGUGCACAGUUUUCAGCUGAGUGGCCAGCCUGGGAAUAUAACAAGACUUCUCAGCUGCAACGAUGAAGAUUUGAAACAAUAUAAAGGACAUCACUUGGCUCCCACUCAUUAUGUUCCAUCCAUGAGCCGGCAUCCAUUAACAGGCGAUUGGUAUCCAGCUAUUAAUAAGCCUGCUGCAGUUCUUCAUUGGCUUAAUCAUGUAAAAACAGAUGCAGAAUAUAUAGUAAUCCUUGAUGCUGACAUGAUUAUGCGGGGACCAAUUACCCCAUAGUUCAAAGCUGCACGUGGUAGACCAGUUUCAACUCCCUAUGGUAAGGCACAUUUCACUCAGCAGUUUUACCUGAUUGGGUGCGAUAAUGAGCUUGCAAAGCUCCACACUCGCCAUCCUGAAGCAUGUGACAAGGUUGGAGGUGUGAUCAUUAUGCAUAUAAAUGAUCUUCGAAAAUUUGCUCUGCUGUGGCUCCACAAAACUGAGGAGGUCCGAGCUGACAGAUCUCACUGGUCUAGAAAUAUUACUGGAGAUGUCUAUGAGUCUGGAUGGAUUAGUGAAAUGUAUGGCUACUCCUUUGGUGCUGCAGAGUUAAAUCUGAGGCAUCAGAUAAGCAAUGAGAUUUUGAUAUAUCCAGGUUAUGUUCCUGUACCUGGUGUCAAGUAUAGGGUAUUCCACUAUGGCUUGGAAUUUAGAGUUGGAAACUGGACCUUUGAUAAAGCAAACUGGAUUCAUACUGAUGUCGUAAAUAGCUGCGGGGCUAAAUUUCCUGACCCUCCUGACCCAUCAACACUUGACCAUUCUGAUGAUGAUUCACUGCAGCGUGACCUGCUAAGUAUAGAGUGUGUUAAGACACUGAAUGAAGCUCUACACUUGCACCAUGAGAGAAGCAAAUGCAAUGUUCGUAGUCCCCAGACCAUUUCAAAUCAGGAUUCUAGUGAAACUACAAUCUCAAGGAAGUUUGGAAAAUUUGAGGAGGUUCAUAACUUGACAUAUAAUACCACAACAACGAACAACUCCGAGGAGAUAUCUCCACCUGAAGAGCCAAACCAAACGUUUAGCUCAAUGAGAAGGGAGGCACCGCACAGGUGGAAGUCUGCUGACAUGGAAAUGCAGCGUCCUUUUUCUGGGAGGAGGAUUCUAGCUUUCAGAUGUUCAUAUCAGGUUUUAUUUGAAAUGUUGUUUUAG